AUUACAGGUAGAUGUGUAGUGUUUACACACAUAAGAUUACUUUUUAUCUUAUUAAUAUCUUAUUUUUAACUUUUGGGUGAUUGCUCUCGAUUUUUAGUAAUAUUAGUUUUCAUAUAUAUUCUAUUUUGACUACUAAGGGAUAACAUGAUUAUGGUGCUGAGUAUAGUAAAAAAAAAAAUAAGUAGCAACAUUAUGUGUAUACACGCACGCAUAUACAUAUAAAUAAAUAAACUAGUAUAUACAAGCAUACAGGUAUACAAAUAAUAAUGAUAAUAAAAGCUUUGUUUUAUUCAGCAGCCGUUAGUGACGCGUUAUUUUUGAAUUUGUUAAUCCAACAGUUGAGUAGCUGCUGCUCGCGCGCAUACCUCCUCUGGACCAAUCAGCGCUGAGCUCUCUCUGGUGGCCUCUAUAUAAAGCCGCCGUCCAGACUCCGGCUUCAUUCUGUCGUUGACUUCUGACAUAGAAGAGACUGAGAAACAAACAUGGCAAGAACCAAGCAGACCGCCCGUAAAUCCACCGGAGGAAAGGCUCCCAGGAAGCAGCUGGCCACCAAGGCUGCCCGCAAGAGCGCACCGGCCACCGGUGGCGUGAAAAAGCCUCACCGUUACAGGCCCGGUACCGUGGCUCUGAGGGAGAUCCGUCGUUACCAGAAAUCCACUGAGCUGCUCAUCCGCAAGCUGCCCUUCCAGCGCCUGGUCCGUGAAAUCGCUCAGGACUUCAAGACCGACCUGCGCUUCCAGAGCUCCGCCGUCAUGGCUCUGCAGGAGGCCAGCGAGGCUUACCUGGUCGGUCUCUUCGAGGACACCAACCUGUGCGCCAUCCACGCCAAGAGGGUCACCAUCAUGCCCAAAGACAUCCAGCUGGCCCGCCGUAUCCGCGGAGAGAGAGCCUAAACUACUCGACCUCCUCCAGCACAGGAACAACACAACGGCUCUUUUAAGAGCCACCCACACGUACCCAAAGAGCAACAUAUCUGUUACUUGGCAUCCACUUUUAAUAAAAGUUUCUUGUUC